UUCCUGUGCAUGAAAAUCUCUGCACUGCUCUCAUGAGGUCCUUUUCCCCAAAUCUACAGAAAAAUCAACUUUAUCUAGUGCAGACUAGUGCUGAAGGAUCUAUUCAUUUUUAAGGAAAGGGGGCAGACGACCUAAGCUGAACUGCUGAAAGAGCCUAAUAAGGUCCUCACUGAUUAGCACUGUACCAUGUGGGUGACAAACUUGGUAGCCCUGGCCCUACUGGCCACUGCAGCCUCAGCUGCCACCUCUGCCUCAGCAGACAAGGUCCUCAGUAACCACGCCACCAUCCUGGCUGACAACAGUGCCAACCUGGCUCUCAGUCUCUAUCACAGCAUGGCCAAGGACAAGAAUGUGGAGAACAUUCUCAUCUCCCCUGUGGUGGUGGCCUCCUCUCUGGGCCUGGUGGCACUUGGGGGUAAAGCCUCUACCGCCUCCCAGGUAAAGACCAUACUGAAGGCUGAUAAAGUUAAAGAUGAGCAGCUGCACUCUGGUUUGGCCGAACUCCUGACUGAAGUGAGCGACCCCAAGACUCGCAAUGUCACCUGGAAGAUUAGCAACCGCCUGUACGGGCCCAGCUCAGUUAAUUUUGUUGAUGAUUUUGUAAAGAGUAGCAAGAAGCACUACAACUGUGACCACUCCAAGAUAAACUUCAGAGAUAAGAAGAGUGCUGUGAAGUCCAUCAAUGAGUGGGCGGCCAAGUCCACCGAUGGCAAACUUCCUGAGAUCACCAAGGAUGUGGAAAAGACUGAUGGGGCCAUGAUCGUCAAUGCUAUGUUUUUUAAACCUCACUGGGAUGAAGAGUUCCAUCAUAAGAUGGUUGACAAUCGUGGCUUCCUGUCAUCCCGUGGCUACACUAUUUCAGUGCAGAUGAUGCACCGUACAGGUCUUUAUGGCUACUAUGAGGAUACAUCUAAUAACCUGAUAGUGCUCAGCAUGCCUCUGGCCCACAAGAAGUCCAGCGUGGUGUUCAUCAUGACCUACCAUCUGGAGGCCCUGGAGAGGCUAGAGAAGAUGCUGACCAAGAAGCAGCUGGACACCUGGUUUGGCAAGCUGAAGGACACAGCUGUAGCUGUGUCUCUGCCCAAAGUCAGCAUGGAAGUCAGCCACGACCUGCAGAAACACCUUGGAGAAUUGGGCCUGACGGAGGCUGUGGACAAAACCAAGGCUGAUCUGUCCAACAUCUCUGGGAAGAAGGACCUCUACCUGUCCAAUGUCUUCCAUGCCUCGGCACUUGAGUGGGACACCCAUGGAAACGAUGCUGACACUAGCAUCUUUGGCACAGACAAGCUGAAAAACCCCAAGCUUUUCUAUGCUGAUCACCCUUUCAUCUUCCUCGUGAAGGACCAGAAGACAAACUCCAUCCUCUUCAUCGGUAGGAUGGUCCGGCCUAAAGGCGACAAGAUGAGAGAUGAAUUAUAACCUCAUGCUGACCUGAAAUUCUAAGUUAAAUGUUUGACUGUGUAAGUGUAUAUUUUCUACUGCAAUAUGAAAAGAGAAGUGUGAUAUGAAAUGUACAUUUGACACCAUACAUGUACAUUCCUUUACAUUAUCAAUAUGCCAGCAGUAUUACACAAUACAUGUCUUAAGAGAUAUUUUUGUGUAUUUUGACCUAUGAGCAAAGUAUUGCCCAAAAACCUCAAAUUUAUCUUGAAGAAUUUUUGGCAUCACUGUGAUAUUUUUGUUAUGCAAGAUCACAUUGCAGAUUGAAUACUUACAUUAAGUAUGAUGUCCCUGAUUACUGCCUUAAAUGUAAAAACAGCAUUUCUUGUUUUUUCCUGUGUUGGCUCCAAUUUACUUGAAUUAUGUGUCACUGAGUAGAGAAGUUAUGUGAUUUAUUGUCAUUGUGCUGUGCCAACACAAGAUGUUUCUGUGGUGAUCACUGCAAAAAGUGUACAACAAUUUUAAUCUGGAGCCGCUUUAGCUGUGUUCUCUGAUUAACCAAAUAUCUUAAAUUUGUCGAUUGCCUUCACAUGAUAUCAUAUUUGUAAAACACAAACAUUUUCACAAACUUCAAUGUGUCAAGGCUAAAGGUCUUCCACAAAUUUUUGCACAUUAUUUUCUGACCAAGGGGCUACAUUGCUGUUUGGCUUGAUAGUGAUCGACCCUGAAAGCACUAGUCUACACUGAUAAACUGUGUUUCUGCUCAAGGUUUGCAACAAACAGAUACUUUGAAAUGAAACAAUGGAGUGGUAUGAGACUGUUACAAACUUUCUCUUUUUACAAUAAAAGCAUAAAACAAC